AUGGCAACCCUAAGGACCCCUCUUGCCUCUCUCCCAAUUAACCCAAACCCCACCAUGUUAACUGCCAAUAACGACCAAAAAAACAAUCCCUCCACAGUCUCAGUGCUCAUCGACAAAUGCACCAACACCAAACACCUGAAACAACUUCAUGCUCAUAUGCUACGCACUGGCCUAUUCUUCGCCCCUCCAUCAGCUACCGAACUCUUCGCUGCAUGUGCUUUGUCCUCUUCCUCCAGCCUCGAUUAUGCUUGCAAGGUGUUCGAUCAAAUUCCCCAACCAAAUCUGUACACUUGGAACACUCUCAUUCGUGCUUUUGCUUCAAGUCCCAAACCUGUCCAAGGCCUCUUGAUAUUUAACCAGAUGCUUCGUGAGGGCCAACGUUUUCCUAACAGGUUCACUUUCCCUUUUGUUAUUAAGGCAGCCACGAAGGUUUCUAGUUUACUUGUUGGACAGGCUAUUCAUGGAAUGGUUAUGAAGGCAUCGUUUGGUUCUAAUUUGUUUAUUUCGAACUCACUAAUUCAUUUCUAUUCCUCGUCAGGGGAUUUGGAUUCGGCUUAUUUAGUUUUUUCGAAGAUUGUUGAGAAAGAUAUUGUGUCAUGGAAUUCAAUGAUAUCGGGGUUUGUGCAAGGAGGUUGUCCUGAGGAGGCAUUGCAGUUGUUUAAAAGAAUGAAGAUGGAGAAUGCGAGGCCCAAUCGCGUGACAAUGGUGGGUGUUUUAUCUGCUUGCGCAAAGAAGAUGGAUUUGGAGUUUGGUAGAUGGGCUUGCGAUUACAUUGAGAGGAAUGGUAUUGAUGUAAAUUUGAUUUUGAGUAAUGCAAUGCUUGAUAUGUAUGUGAAAUGUGGGAGCCUUGAAGAUGCUAGAAGAUUGUUUGAUAAGAAGGAGGAGAAAGAUAUUGUUUCGUGGACAACUAUGAUUGAUGGGUAUGCGAAAGUGGGUGAUUAUGAUGCUGCUAGGAGGGUUUUUGAUGCCAUGCCCAGGGAAGAUAUUACUGCCUGGAAUGCAUUAAUAUCUUCCUAUCAACAGAAUGGGAAGCCAAAAGAGGCACUAGCCAUUUUCCGUGAAUUGCAGCUUAAUAAGAAUACAAAACCAAAUGAAGUUACACUUGUAAGUACUUUGGCAGCAUGUGCUCAGCUGGGAGCAGUGGAUUUAGGUGGGUGGAUUCAUGUGUACGUAAAGAAGCAAGACAUUAAGUUAAACUGCCAUCUCACAACCUCUCUUAUUGACAUGUAUUCUAAGUGUGGUCAUCUGGAGAAGGCACUUGAGGUGUUUUAUUCAGUGGAAAGGAGAGACGUGUUUGUAUGGAGUGCCAUGAUUGCUGGGUUGGCAAUGCAUGGGCAUGGGAGAGCUGCUAUAGAUUUGUUCUCCAAGAUGCAAGAAGCUAAGGUAAAGCCCAAUGCUGUGACAUUUACCAAUUUGUUGUGUGCUUGUAGUCACUCGGGACUAGUGGAUGAGGGCAGGUUAUUUUUCAAUCAAAUGAGGCCAGUUUAUGGUGUUGUGCCUGGAAGCAAGCAUUAUGCUUGCUUGGUUGAUACUCUUGGUCGUGCAGGCUGCCUUGAAGAAGCUGUUGAAUUAAUAGAGAAAAUGCCAAUAGUCCCAAGUGCUUCUGUGUGGGGUGCUCUGCUUGGAGCCUGCAGAAUUCAUGGAAAUGUUGAGCUUGCUGAAAAGGCAUGUAGCCGUUUGCUCGAGACAGACUCCAGUAAUCAUGGAGCAUAUGUGCUCUUAUCCAAUAUAUAUGCCAAAGCAGGCAAAUGGGACUGUGUUUCUAGGUUAAGGCAGCACAUGAAAGUUUCUGGAUUAGAGAAGGAACCAGGUUCUAGCUCAAUUGAGGUUAAUGGCAUCAUUCAUGAGUUCCUUGUUGGAGAUAACUCUCACCCUCUCUCCCCAGAAAUCUACUCUAAGUUGGACGAGAUUGUAGCUAGACUAAAAUCAAUUGGUUAUGUGCCUGAGGAGUCUGAACUUCUACAAUCUGUUGAAGAAGAAUGCACCAAGGAGCAUGCCCUUAACCUUCACAGUGAAAAAUUGGCAAUUGCCUUUGGGCUUAUUAGGAUGGAACCAUCACAACCAAUUAGGAUUAUGAAAAAUCUUCGUGUUUGUGGGGACUGUCAUUCAGUUGCUAAGCUAAUAUCUCAACUUUAUAAUAGAGAUAUACUACUGAGAGAUCGGUAUCGAUUCCAUCAUUUUAGUGGAGGGCAUUGCUCGUGUAUGGAUUACUGGUAA